UGAUGACGCAGUACUCCCUGAUUGGGUCUGCACUGGAGGCAGUGAUUUGGGGGCAGAGAAUUCUGCAAGCCUAACACGUGGUAGUGAACUGUGGAGAGUUUGAGGGGUCUGAACACUAAAAGAGUCGAAUAGUUUGUUGGCAGGACCUAGAAGAAUCCCUUAGGAUGAAGCUGAGUCUUACCAAGGUAGUUAAUGGCUGUCGCCUAGGAAAAAUAAAAAACCUGGGCAAAACAAGGGACCACACCAUGGAUAUUCCAGGCUGCCUUCUGUACACCAAGACUGGCUCCGCCCCACACCUCACCCAUCACACGCUGCGUAAUAUCCACGGGGUUCCUGCCAUGGCUCAGCUUACGCUGUCAUCCCUAGCAGAACAACAUGAAGUCUUGACAGAAUAUAAAGAAGGAGUUGGAAAGUUUAUAGGCAUGCCAGAAUCACUUUUGUACUGCUCCCUGCACGAUCCAGUCAGCCCCUGCCCAGCUGGUUAUGUAACAAACAAGUCUGUGUCUGUGUGGAGUGUUGCAGGACGAGUGGAAAUGACUGUUUCCAAGUUCAUGGCAAUUCAGCAGGCCCUUCAGCCAGAUUGGUUCCAGUGCCUCUCCGAUGGAGAAGUGUCUUGUAAGGAAGCAGCUUCCAUAAAAAGGGUCAGAAAGUCUGUUGACCGAUCACUUCUUUUCUUGGAUAACUGUCUGCGGCUGCAGGAAGAGUCAGAGGUUCUUCAGAAGAGUGUGAUCAUUGGAGUGAUUGAAGGUGGAGAUGUGAUGGAAGAGAGGCUGAGGUCAGCACGAGAGACAGCCAAGCGGCCCGUAGGUGGCUUCCUUCUGGAUGGUUUUCAAGGAAAUCCAACAACCCUGGAGACUAGACUGUGCUUGCUGUCAUCAGUCACUGCAGAGCUGCCGGAGGACAAACCAAGGCUCAUAUCUGGUAUUGGUCGGCCAGAUGAGGUGCUCAAGUGUAUUGAAAGAGGAGUGGACUUAUUUGAGAGUUUUUUCCCUUAUCAAGUAACAGAGCGGGGAGGUGCCCUGACUUUCAGUUUUGAUUACCAGCUGAAUCCCGAAGAGAUACUAUUACGACAAAAUGGAACACAAGAAAAAGUAAAAUGUGUGGAUCAAAUAAAGAAAAUGGAAAUAACUGGUUGCAACCAAGAAAUAACAUCAUUUGAAAUUAAUCUGAAGGAAAAAAUGUACCAGGAGGACUUUAACCCACUGGUGAGAGGAUGUUCCUGUUACUGCUGUAAGAAUCACACUCGGGCAUACAUCCACCAUCUGCUGGUGACCAAUGAGCUGCUGGCCGGAGUCCUGCUUAUGAUGCACAACUUUGAACACUACUUUGGGUUUUUCCAUUCCAUCCGGGAGGCACUAAAAAAUGACAAACUGGCACAGCUGAAAGAGCUCAUCCACAGGCAAGCAUCUUGAGAUCUUGCAAAUACAAGUCUCACUCUUCACACUGAGCCUGUGUCAGUGUUGUAAGAUGGGAAGAUAUGAAGAAGAAAUAAUCUGAGCCUUAGUUAUUUAUAUUUUGAUAUAAGGUCUGCUAAAGUAAAGAAUAUUUGUACCAAACUGCCCACAUGAGGGUGAAGAGAUUUCUUCUAAAGACUUAAAUGACCUGGAUUGAACAGAGAGAAUUGAACUGUGACCUUUUAAACUUCUAGACUAAUUCUUUUAGUUGAUAGAGAUUCAUUUAGUCAAAGACAAAAGCUUUAGCUGUGAGGGCACAACCUUAAAGUGGGAGUGACAAGAUUUUGAGGGACCAAUGAAUGGGAUGGAGGCUUGAAGGGAAAUGGUGUGAGACGCAUGGCCUCUGGACAUAUGCCUGUUGAUUUGAGAAGAAAUCUGGCUUGUUUGAGGGUUUCCUUUAGUUCACCUUCAUACUCUUAGGAGACUCUUGGAUACUUUUGUCUCCUACCCUGCCCUGGCAGUGCAGCCAAUCAGAAAUGACUCUUGUGACUUAACCGGGCUCAGAUAUCCCUGGAAUGUGGGGCGGGCUUGAACAUUGCUCCUGUGAUCAUCUGUCCCAGGUCACACUCCUCCAUUUGACCACAUGGCCUAUUUGUAGCUUCUUUUUAGAGCCAAUGUAAUUGCCUGUUAGGAGCCAAAAGUUUGCCCAGCUGCUUUCAUCUGGUUUUGCAGAUCCAUUGUGAUCUGCCUUCCAGGCUCAUUAAUAGUCUAACUACGUAAUAACUGAAGCCCUAUCUCUUGUGAAGAUUCAUUCUCAAUGUGUUCACUUAGACAGAGCCCUGUCUGGCCUACCGAUUAGAAGAUUAGUCUCCAUCCUCUUCAGAUAUGACUCCUGGGCAAUUCACUUAACUUCUCCAUGGCUGUUUCCUGCUGAAUAAAUAGGGACAGGCAUAAUGGAUAGGAAUGAAUGAACUUUUAAGAUACUGUCUAGCUCUAAAAUUUGAAGAACAAAAAGUUUUAGAUUAGAGUCAUAACCUUAAUAGCCCUAAUUGUCAUCCUGGGAGACAGGCAACAGUAGGGAUAUCUGAGAGCCUAAAGAGAGGUUUGGCCUGUGGGUUUUUAAAUGGUUACUGAAUUGGUAUCAGGAGAUCCUGAGGCUGGUAGGGGAAGGUGAUUCUAAGUUAUCUCUAUGUUUUUCAAGUUUUCUUUAAGGAAUACACAUACACCCACAUGCACACACCAUAGUUUUUAUACAAACAGCAAUAACAAAACCAAAAAGAUGCCCCUUUUUUUUGUAGGGGUAAGAAAUACGUUUGUUUUAUACUUCUAUGCUAUAUUUUGCUGUUCAAAAUUUAGUGGGCAUUACUUAAUAUUGUUUCUAAUUAUUUUGUGGCUGCUGUAUGUUUUAUGUGUUGGGAGCCCAUUAUAUUAGGCCGUUCUUGGAUUGCUAUAAAGAAAUACCUGAGACUGGGUAAUUUGUAAAGAAAAGAGGUUUAAUUGGUUCACAGCUCUGCAGGCUUUAUAGGAAGCAUGGUACUGGCAUCUGCUUGGUUUCUGGGGAGGCCUCAGAAAGCUUACAAUCGUGGCAGAAUGUGAAGGGGGAGCAGGCACAUAACAUGACAAAAGCAGGAACGAGACUCAGAGCAAGAAGUCACUUAUCAGCAAGGGGAUGGCCCAAGCCAUUCAUGAGGGAUCCACCUUUGUGCUCCAAACACUUCCCACCAGGCGCCACCUCCAGCAUUGGGGAUUACAUUUCAACCUGAGAUUUGGGCUCAAAUUAUAUUACCCAUCUAUAUGGUUUUUUUUUUUCGUAGUAUGGGAAUGUCUAUGAAUAAAUUCAUGGGCAUCCUCAUAACUCUUCCAUGAAUGGCAAGGGAUACUUACGGAAAACAGUUUUCCAAGGAUCUGAUUGUUUUGAAACGUGUUGGAUUGGACUUGUUCAAAUGUUCAUAUUUUUGUUCAAUGCUAAAUGCAUCGUUAGGGGAGUGGUAAAUAUUCCAGAAUCCAUAUGAAAUUCAUGAGUUUAUUUAUGUCCAAAACACUGAAAACUGUGUCCAAUAUUGUUCAGUUUUCUGGGUCUUUUUCUUAUUAGCACGUUUGAGAAAAAUAUUCCUUUCCUUUAUUGUAGCAAAUCUAUUAAAGGCAAUAGCAAAUAAAACAUUUUUAAUUUAAAAAAU